AUUCCCAUGGGGCCGCGCGGCAGAAAGGGGCGGGACGGGAGGGGGCGCGUCGCGCUUGCGCAGGCCCCGGGGCCGGAGGGAGGCGGAGGCGUAGCGGUCCAACUGUUGAAGUCCCCAUGUGACAGUGAGCGGGGUCCCCGCUCCAGGAGACGCUCCAGUCUGCGUCCCGGCCCUCAGCACUGUCCACUGUUUCGGUGCCAGCAGAGACCAGCAGGCCUGGGACAGUUGGUGUUUGGCCGUGCCGCUGUCUAACUUGGUGUGCGGAGUGAAUUGCCGCUGCCGGAGCGGAGAGAGGCGGAGCGGCCAGGAGAGAGGGGAUUUCUGUCAGCGCCGGCGCUCGGGAGCUUGGAGACAUGAACGGCUUCACGCCUGACGAGAUGACCCGCGGCGGGGAUGCGGCCGCCGCAGUGGCCGCAGUGGUCGCUGCCGCGGCCGCCGCCGCCUCGGCGGGGAACGGGACCGGCGCGGGCACCGGGGCUGAGGUGCCGGGCGCGGGGGCGGUCUCAGCGGCUGGGCCCCCGGGGGCGGCCGGGCCGGGCCCCGGGCAACUGUGCUGUCUGCGGGAGGAUGGUGAGCGGUGCGGCCGGGCGGCAGGCAACGCCAGCUUCAGCAAGAGGAUCCAGAAAAGCAUCUCCCAGAAGAAGGUGAAGAUCGAGCUGGAUAAGAGCGCAAGGCAUCUUUACAUAUGUGAUUAUCAUAAAAACUUAAUUCAGAGUGUUCGAAACAGAAGAAAGAGAAAAGGGAGUGAUGAUGAUGGAGGUGAUUCACCUGUUCAAGAUAUUGAUACCCCAGAGGUUGAUUUAUACCAAUUACAAGUAAAUACACUUAGGAGAUACAAAAGACACUUCAAGCUACCAACCAGACCAGGACUUAAUAAAGCACAACUUGUUGAGAUAGUUGGUUGCCACUUUAGGUCUAUUCCAGUGAAUGAAAAAGACACCUUAACAUAUUUCAUCUACUCAGUGAAGAAUGACAAGAACAAAUCAGAUCUCAAGGUUGAUAGUGGUGUUCACUAGGAGACGUGGAAUUGAGACUAAUAACUUGGAUGUUAACACUGUUUACUGUUUUUUCACAUGUAGAAAUGUUCUUUGUGUAUUUUUUCUACAGAGGAUUUUCUCUGAUUUUAUUUUCUUUGUGUUUCUGACUCUAAUAAUUAGUUGGAAACUCAUAUAAAAUGAGCUUUCCUAAAUUAAAAACUAUUUUAAAUAAAGGUUAUUACUAUUAUAGUUGCUUCAGUGUAUUUAUUUUGUGAAACUUGAUUUUUCUUUUAAACUGACUUAGAGAUCAGUAUUGAGAUUUUAAUGUAAAGUCCUUCAUUUUGUAAUCCCCCCCUUUUUUUUUUAAACUUCCAAGAAAUUAACAGGGUAAGGAGAAGUAACAAAUAUAGCACAUUUGCAUUCUCUGGGACAAUCUGACUUGGAAUUGAAGAUAAUCUAAAUAGCAUUAUUUUUUAAAGUGCUUUAUAAUGCUAGCAAAUUUGAAAAAUAAACUUCUCUUGGAAUGCAACUUCUUUUUUAUUUCCUUUUUUCUGUUAUUAUUACUUGAUGAAGUACUAGGAAGAACAAAGAAGACUUAAUAUGCCAGCAAAGAUAAACACAAUGCUGAAAGUUGAAAUAAUAUAAAAUUAAAUAGCUGUUUUUCAAAAUUUUGUCUUUGAGAAAAGAUACUUAUGUGGCAUGAAUAUAGAAAGUACCUCUGCUAUGCCCCUUAAUUUUUAGUGAUGUCCUGUACAGUUUACAUUGCAAAUUGUAACUAAUAAGUUGGAGAGGUCUAGAUAUCUAACCAGAUUUUCAUUUAAAUUGUGGUUAUAUAUGGCUCUGACUUGAUUUAUAUCUCCUUUUUAUGUUUUAUUCUCUGUCAGUUUUCUAUCAAACAUUCUAAAUCUGUGCUUUUCUUAAGAUUAUAUUGUUUAGCUAAAUUCUUAUAAUUACAAGUCAAAUGUAUAGCUUGUGACAU